UCAACUAAGAGUCCUUCAGUUGAUGAUCUAUAAAUAAAAAACCACACCCAAUCACCAAUCUCCACCCAAACCCAAAAAUGGGCACUCUCUUCUUCCCUCUAGUAACCCUCAUUCUCUCUCUAUCCCAUUCCCAUGCCCUCAACUGCCAUGCACCUGCACCACCCCCACUAGACUCCUCCACCCUCCAGCUCCUCCAUGCCAACAGCCCAUGCUCUCCCUUCCGCCCCAAAACACCCCUCUCCUGGCAGGAUUCCGUCCUCCGGAUGCAGUCCAACGACGCCGCCCGCCUCCAAUACCUCUCCACCCUCCUCGCCGCCACCACCGGCAAGAGGAUCGCCCCCAUCGCCUCCGGCCGGGCCGUCACGCAGAACCCUACCUACAUUGUCCGCGCCGCCAUCGGCACCCCCGCGCAGACGCUGCUCAUGGCCGUCGACACCAGCAACGACGCCGCCUGGGUCCCCUGCACCGGCUGCGUCGGAUGCUCGUCCGCCGCCGCGGGUUUUAGCCCGGCUGCGUCGGCCUCGUUCAAGCCCGUGAGCUGCGGCGCCGCGCAGUGCGCUCAGGUGCCAAAUCCAAGCUGCGGUGGCGCCACCUGCGGCUUCAACCUUACCUACGGCGGCUCCACCGUUGCCGCCACCCUGGGUCAGGAUAACAUCACACUCGCGACAGACUCCAUCCCCGGCUACACCUUCGGGUGCAUCACGAAGGCGACAGGAACGUCAAUCCCGUCGCAGGGGCUAUUGGGCCUGGGCCGAGGCCCACUAUCGCUAAUGUCCCAAACAUCAAGCCUCUACCAGUCCAUAUUCUCAUAUUGUUUGCCGGGCUACAAAUCCACUAGUUUUAGUGGAUCUUUGAGAUUGGGGCCCAAUAGCCAGCCCAUAAGAAUUCAAACCACUCCAUUGCUCAAGAAUCCAAGAAGAUCCUCUUUCUAUUAUGUCAAUCUCAUGGGAAUUAGGGUUGGAAGAAGUGUUGUCAACAUCCCACCUACUGCAUUUGCCUUUGAUCCCUCUACUGGGGCUGGAACCGUUAUCGAUUCAGGCACGGUGUUCACCGUACUUGUGAAGCCCGCCUACACAGCGGUGAGAGACGAGGUUCGGCGGAAGAUGGGAAAUGCCACGGUGUCAUCCCUCGGAGGCUUCGACACGUGCUACACCGUGCCGGUCACAGUGCCUACCAUAACCUUUAUGUUUCAGGGGUUGAACAUGAGCCUCCCACAGGACAAUUUCCUCAUCCGCAGCAGCUCCGGCACCACCUCCUGCCUCGCCAUGGCUGCAGCUCCCGACACCGGGGUCAACUCCGUCCUCAACGUCAUCGCCUCCUUCCAGCAGCAGAACCGCCGCGUUCUCAUCGAUGUUGCCAACUCUAAGCUCGGCAUUGCGCGUGAGUCAUGCACUUAGAGUGAGAGAGAGAGAGAGUGAUGUGUGAUUAUAUAUCACAUUUUGUAUCUUUUUUUAGCUAUGUGUAAUUUAAUUUGGAGUUGUAUGUUUAAGCAGAUAUUGGGCUGUAACAAUCCAAAUAACUAAAUUUGGAGACUUUAGUAAAUUGGAGUUGAAAAUGGAAUGAUGAUUGGCAA